GAUGCGGGCGCAGUCGGGGUGGGAGAGGACACGGUGAGGAAGGAGUCCGCUUUCUAACCAUGGAAAUUUUGCUGCUGAGCAGCGUGCGCUCUUGGAAUAAGGACUUAAAAGACUUGUAUAUCUCAUGCUCUUUCUCCUCCUCCCCUUUUCUCUCUGUUUUCAUAUGCAUAAGAGAGACUUAUAUGGAGGAUGUGGAACAUUGCGGAGAGAAGAAAAAUGCAAUUUCAUGUAUAUUUUUUAUUGUGAAAAGUGCGCUCAAGUCUUAAUUGGAUAUUUCUUUUUUCGGAUUAUUUCCGCACAUUAAUUUUUUUGUAAAAAUCAAAACUGGACUUAAAAAUGGAUUUCUUUAAUAUCUCCAGCCUGGACGACAGGGUAGAGGCAGAAAAUAUCUCCUCUAAUUCAACCUCUGAGAGCCAGUAUACCCUGCUUGCUAUCUGGUGUCUUGCUGGACUUGUCAGCUUCCUGAUUUUGUUUACAAUAGUCGGGAACGUUUUGGUUGUUAUCGCCGUUUUAACGAGCAGAGCUCUAAAACCACCCCAGAACCUCUUUCUCGUCUCCUUGGCCAGUGCGGACAUACUGGUAGCCACUCUGGUCAUGCCCUUUUCACUGGCAAAUGAACUUAUGGGUUUCUGGUUUUUUGGCAAAAUUUGGUGUGACAUCUAUCUAGCUCUGGAUGUUUUGUUCUGCACCUCUUCUAUUGUUCACCUGUGCGCUAUUAGUUUGGACAGGUACUGGUCUGUGACACAGGCUGUAGAGUACAACUUAAAGAGAACACCUAAACGAGUUAAAGGCAUGAUUGUUGUGGUCUGGUUGAUCUCAGCCAUAAUAUCCUUCCCUCCACUGAUAUCAAUGGACAGAAGCAGCAGCGAGGCCAGUCCCCAGUGUAUGCUGAAUGAUGAGACCUGGUACAUCCUCUACUCCAGCAUAGGAUCAUUCUUUGCUCCCUGUGUUAUUAUGAUCCUGGUCUAUAUUCGGAUCUACCAAGUGGCAAAAACCAGGACCAGAACAUUGUCAGAGAAGAAAAGGGAUGUGGAUUCACCGCUGGAGAAUGGGAUGGACCAAGCUGAACCGGGCAUAGGUGGGUCUUUAAAGUCCAACAGGGGCGGGAGCAUGAAAAAUCAGGAACGCCAGAAUGGGCAUUGCCAUGAGCAAGCGGUUCGAACACCCCUACCAAACGAGCCAAAACAUCCAACAGACAACGAUGACGACUUUGAAGAUAGUAGCUCGUCAGACGAGAAACUUAAAAAAAGUUCUUGCUCCUCAAAACAUCAUCAUGAAGACAGAAAAGACAGGAAGGCUAGCCGAAAGAGCAGCUCCGCCUCUAAAUACUCCAGCAGGAAGUCGCGUGCCAGUUCCAAAUCCAUAGACUUAUUUUCAUCUCGUCGCAAACGUCGGAGCACUGUCAAUCGGAAGAAAGUCUCAGCUGCUCGGGAGAAACGCUUCACCUUCGUCCUUGCUGUGGUCAUGGGCGUAUUUGUUGUCUGCUGGUUCCCAUUCUUCUUCUCCUACAGUCUGUAUGGAAUCUGCCGUGAACCAUGCCAGAUCCCUCUAACACUUUUCAAGUUCUUUUUUUGGAUCGGCUACUGCAACAGCUCACUAAACCCAGUAAUCUACACUAUCUUCAACCAGGACUUCCGCAGAGCCUUCCAGAAAAUCCUUUGUAAGUCAUGGAAACGCUCUUUUUGAAGGAUACAGCACGGCUGGGUGUGUAAGACCUUUUACUUUGCAGACAAUAAGCUAUGCUGUUCUGAACCGUUUGAUAAUGUGCUGGCCUCGGGUGUUUUCACAUCUGUACUUUCAGGGACUGCAUUAGAAAUGAAGGCGUGAUUAAAAGACCUAACAAAAUGCACAAAGAAGGGGCUUAAACUACAGGUUCUCUGAUAAUAUUCACAUAGGAGGCUUAUUUGAUGGCUUUUAGGCUGUGUUUCCCUGAUGUGGGCUUUGGUUCACCCUAUACUGCUUUUCUCUUCACCUAAAUAACAUAAAUGGUUUCCUAACAGGUACUGAUGCAUGCCUGCCACAGUGGCUGCACUUCAUGAACUUCCCAGGAGGCAAAGGGUUUACAGAGACAGAGCCAAUUUACAAUGUGACCUCAUUCACUGAAUAUAAUGCGAAAGCCAUGACAAUCUCCUCACAACUGUUGUUUGUGACUUUAGAUAAUAGUAUGUAUCUUUUCUCUCUAUCUAUAAAUCUGUUUUUCUUUAACUUCCUAUGUCAAACUCUCGACAGGAGGACCAAUGGGACGAAGGGGCUCUUUGCUUACUGUUAAAGUAGCAAAAGUGUUUCACACAAAAAACUAACAAAAGAAAACAAAAAAAAAAAAAAGACAUCUUGAAAAACAACAAAUUCAUAUUUCUGCCUCAGUGUUUUGUGUGAACUUAAAAAUGCCUAAACUGUGUGCUGCAGUGGAAACUUUUGUCAUGUUAUGGUGGACUUUGAUUGGACGACACGUGCAGUACAGUGGUAUCACAGACAGGCAUGUUCACCUUCCUCACACUGCCGAGGAAAGCUGAUGGAAUACUGAGGUAGUACUGAAGCAGAUGGGCAUCUACUGAGGCAUUCACUGUUUGUGCAUAUUUGUGUGUGUGUAUGUGUGUGUGCGUGUGUGUGUCUGUGUGUGCAGUCUGGGGGGUUUACCGCAUCUUAUCCCACCUGCCUGUUAGUGAAUGUGUGUGCAUGUCUGAAUGUUUGCGUGUAAGCCUACUUUUCCAAAUGGCCUGAUUCUUUCUGGUCAAAUGUGUAUCUAUUCUUCUGCUUCUUAUUUUUGUCAUUCAACUUCUCUCCCUUAUAGCCACAGUUAAAACCAAACACCUUAUUGCUGUUUCAGUGUGUGCUGCUCACACCCAUAUUUAGUAAGAACACUCAAGCAUUUGUAGCCAGAAGGGCAGAUGCUUUGUUCAAGUGUAAAUAAUUAAGAUGAUACAGUAUUAUUGUGUGGUGCCUCAUAAUCACACGUGUAAAGGAUAACAAUAUUUUGUUUGUAAAAUGAACAACACUCUGCGAGAUUUCUAUGUUACACCAACCUCUGUCCUUUUCUAAAAGAACAAGUGUUCACUUCUCUGCUUUGAACACAUCUGAAAAGAUCAAAUAAAGAAAUCUCUUAAGCUAUCUUCUGAAGACUACAAGAGUGCAUUAGUGCAUUUGUUGUUACUGUAUGGGAUUUUUUGCCGCUCUGCCACUGUUGGUAUAAAAUGCACACCAUCUGAGUGAUCCAUUGAUUUACUUCCUCAAAUUUCUGAUUGCACCUUGACUUCUCACUGCAGCUACAUGCUAAGCCAGUUUGUUACCAGUCUUGAUUUUGCUUUGUACAAAGAGGGAAGACUUGCCAUCACAUACACUCCCCUCCUUCACUAACAGCCAGGCUGACUAAGUGAAAUGGUGAAUAGGUCAAAACCAGCAGGCAGCUAUCUAGCAAAUCCCCGGGAUACUGGUAAUGUCAUGCUACAUGCUUAAAUACUUGAUUCUGAUUUCACUCGAUUUUAACCGAUAUAUAAUUUAGUCAAUAUUGGCAGAUAUGACAGAUAUAUAUCCAAUAUAUGUGUUACCCAAUAGGAAACGAAUUGCUUUUUUUUCUUUUUUUCUUUUUAACAAAUUUGUGCAGAAAAUAAGGGCCAGUGUAAUUUAGAACUGAUGUUAUCACAUAAUUUGUCCAGUGCAGCAGCUCUGACUCCAUU